AUGUCUUCUAGGCGCCGUCAUAAUGCCUUGUGUUCUAUUUCUGUCGAUGGGGCGGUGGUUGAGGAUGUGCAGCCUAUUCGUAAUGUUGUUUAUGCACAUUUUGCGGAGUAUUUCCAGUCUACCAAUGUAGAGCGCCCAAGUGUGGCAAACUUGAACUUUCGGUCCUUGUCUGUGUCGGAAGGAGUGAGCUUAAUCAAGCCUUUUUCAGUGCAGGAGAUUAAAGAAGCUGUGUGGGAUUGUGAUAGUCAUAAGAGUCCUGGUAUUAAUUUUGGUUUCAUUAAAGAGUUUUGGAUUGAAAUGAAGGAUGAGAUUGUGCGCUUUGUGUCUGAAUUCCACCGCAAUGGGAAGCUAUCCAAAGGUAUCAAUACUACUUUCAUUGCUCUCAUUCCUAAAGUUGAUAGUCCUCAGAAGCUCAAUGAUUUUCGUCUUAUCUCUUUGGCGGGGAGUCUUUAUAAGAUUUUGGCUAAAUUGUUAGCCAAUAGAUUGCGGGGGGUCAUUAGUUCAGUUGUUUCGGAAUCUCAGUCGGCUUUUGUUAAGAAUAGACAAAUUUUGGACGGUAUUCUGAUUGCUAAUGAAGCUGUCGAUGAAGCAUGUAAAUUUAAAAAAGAGCUUAUGUUGUUUAAGGUGGACUUUGAAAAGGCACAUGAUUCUGUGGACUGGGUUAAUGGAAGUCCAACUGAUGAAUUCCCGUUGGUGAGAGGGUUAAGACAAAGUGACCUUUUGUCUCCUUUUUUGUUUUUGUUGGCGGCGGAGGGUCUUAAUGUUGUGAUGAAAUCUUUGGUUGAGGCUCAACUGUUCUCUGGCUAUAGCAUUGGGGUGGUUAAUCCGGUUGUUGUAUCUCACCUCCAAUUUGCUGAUGACACUUUGUUGUUAGGUACUAAAAGUUGGGAUAAUUCUUGGUUACAUGAGGCUGCUUCCGUGUUAAGUUGUAAAGUAGGUAACGUUCCUUUCUUGUAUCUGGGUAUGCCUAUUGGUGGUAAUCCUCGAAGAUUGUGUUUCUGGGAACCUAUUGUGAAUCGUAUUAAAUCUAGACUGUCGGGUUGGAAUAGUCGGUUUCUAUCUUUUGGUGGUCGCUUGAGGUGGUUUGUGGUAUACGGUUUUAGUCGCCAGAUAUGGCGAAUUAGGUGGCAGGUUGGGGGACGGAGAGUUUCUUGUUGGUGGUCGGAGGUGAGUCGUCUUAGGGGUAGGGUUGGUGUUGGUGGUAGCGGUUGGUUUAAGGAUCAGGUGUUGAGGAGAGUUGGUGAUGAGGCUGAUACAUCGUUUUGGUUCGAUAGGUGGAUAAGGGAGGCUCCUCUUCGUGUGAGGUUUAGUCGGUUGUUUGAGUUAACAAAGAAUAAGUUUAUGUCCGUGGCGGACUUGCUAUCUGUUGAUUCAAAGCGGUGGGGGGAUUUGUGGAGGUGGAUACGUAGGUUAUGGCAGUGGGAGGAGGAGUUGCUAGAGGAGUGUAGGGCUUUACUUCUUGAUGUUUCUUUGAAUCCUAAUGUUCCUCAGGUCGCGGACUAUGCUUUGGAUUUGGUGUGGCACAAACAGGUUCCCUUGAAGGUGUCCGUUUUUGCGUGGAGGCUCAUCCGAGAUCGUUUACCAAAAAGGACUAAUUUGAUUGCUAGACGGGUGUUGUCGCCUGACAUGUCCUCGUGUGUUGCUGGUUGUGGUCAUCCUGAAUCGGCGCAACAUCUCUUUUUAUUGUGUAAUACUUUUGGUUCUCUGUGGCAUCUGGUGCGAGAUUGGAUUGGCUGCUAUGGGGUGGACACAGAUAAUAUUUUCGAUCAUUUUUUACAGUUUACUCAUUUGACAGGUGGUGGUGUUGCUAGACGUUCUUUUAUGCAACUAAUUUGGCUUCUUUGUGCAUGA